AUGAAGGGUGAAGAUGAUUGGUCGUCCUCCAGGAUUGUUCAGGCGUCGCGGCAACAGAUCCAAAAGGGAGCUAGUCUUGUUCUCUCCUCAUCAGCAUUCAAGACGUACGAUUCCAUCCAUGAAGAUGAAGAGGAAUCUAUGGAGGUUGAGUGUGAUGAUGACUCCGAUGACAUGACAUGUGCAUCGGAAGGUCCUAAUUUCAAUGAACCAGAAGCUCUAAUAAACUCUAGUAUUUAUGAAGCUUUAGUGAAGUUAAAUCUUUUUCAACAUUCCUGUAACAAAACCGUUGAUCUACCGGAUAAUGUGGCGGAAAUUCUAAGGAAUCACUUGGAUACUGAAGUACUAGUUAGGAAAUAUCAACUAAUGAGGAGUCGUUCAUUUCAUUUCCUCAACAAUUUGUUCUUGAUACUAGACGAAUCAGCAAUUGGAGGCGGAGAUAAGCUGUAUGCAUUCUGGACCGAAACUGCUACUUCUCUUGUUAGAUUAGCUGGAAAUUCAGGGUUGUCUGGCACGGAAGAGUUGGUUGAAGCCAUUACUGCAGCAUUGAGAGGGCUGAUUGGUCAUCUAGUAUCAAUUGAUUAUCCCGCUCUCAAGAGUACGUCUUCAGAUGAGCUUGAGUUGAUCUUCAAAAUCACUCAUAUCUGUUCAAAAAGUGUUACCAUUUGUGCCAACGUCAUUCAAAUUGUUUGCAAAUUAGGUGUAUUCUUUGCAAAACAAAACCUGGAAGAUUUACUCAAGAAUGUGGGAACUUUUCUCUUGAACGUUAUGAACGAUGCAAACUGCAAUGUGUGCAUAAUGGCUGAAGCACUGGAUGCGAUCAUGGAUGUAUUUGCCGAAGACAAUACUGAUGGAGUUCUAAAAUCUCUGAGACUUGUUCCUCAAGUAGCAGCUGCUACACCAAAAUUUUAUAAAAAGGCUCGAAAAGAAAAACGAAAUCUUGGAGAAUACAAAGCAUUAAUAUCAACUUUUCUUGUUAAUCCCUAUUAG